UGACAGCCAGGAGAAGCAGUUGAAAGUGCCGCGUGUCCUGUCCAACGUCAUCGUCAUCCUGUGGCCAAACUAGCAGGACUCGCUGGACUCGCAGGAGUCAGGGAAACGGACACCGCACACUCACAUGCCACAUGGCACAUGGCACAUUCAUUGUCACUUAUCGCGUGGGUGGCGCGUUUAAUUCACAUUUUAUUUCCAGCGCCCGUGGCUGCGCGCGUAAUUGUUGCUUCAAAGUCCUGGCCAGGACACGGAUGUAGUCAGUCCGCGUUGGCGCUGCACGGCGGUCGUGUGUGCGCGGUGAAUAAUCGCGAUUCGCAACGUGAGUGUGUGCUCCAUUUUGGCCAUGCAGAACGACGAGGAACCAGCAGCUGCAGCCGGGGCUUCGGGGCUAAGCAAUGGGGAAUCCUUGCGGAGUCCACCGGCCCCGGCGCCACGACGACCCAAGCCGGGUAUCCUGCGACUGGACAUCGGCAAACCGCGACGCUCAUCAGGUGGUUCCGUCGAUUUCCGAUGCGUGGGCAGCAGCAGCAGCAAUGGGAACACCAGCAACGUGGCCACUGGCGCCAACAGUGAGAACAACUCGGGAGUCACAUCGCCUCAUCAACUCUCUGUGACCUGGGCACCGCCAUGCGACUUGGAUAGAGGUGGCUGGCAAAUGCAGAGCAGCGCCGAUGCCAAGAGGGAAUUCUACAAAGGACAGCGAGGCAGAAGAGCUGCGUCACAGGAGGACCACAGAUCCUACGAACUGAACGAUUUCCCAUUGCAAAACCAGAGCAGCGACGCCGAGAGCUGCCACCAGGAGCCCCACUUUGCCCAACAGCGUCCGCCUGGAAUCGGAUUCGACGAGGAUGGCGGCGGUGGCGACAUUGACGAUGAGGAGAGCUACACAAUUUCCGUAUCGGCAAUAAUGCAGAGACGUGCCAGUGUGCGCGGCUAUCGGGGCAAACGUGGCAGUCGGAGUUCGCGACGUGCAUCCAGUCCCAUGGAUCACGUCCUGGACAGUGUGGAGCGGCGACGCUCCAGUGUCUAUACGACAAGUUCAGAGGAGGGCACCAAUCAGGAGUCCACGCAAGAGCAAAUCUUUGAGAACAUCCGCCUGCACAAGGAGGUCAUACAGUCGGUGAAGCUACAGCCAUGGCCCAUCCGCAAGAAGCUCAAGUUGGUGCGGCAGGCCAAAACAUAUGUGGCACGCCACGAGGGCGCGCUCCAGGAGCGCUUCGCCAUGUCACGCAGCACCCGAGACUUGUGGGCGAGGUUUAAAAUUUUAAUGGCGGCACGAUGGCGACACUGGAAACGGGAGACGGCCAGCUUCCUUACCGUCCUCAUUCCCUGGGAGCUGCGCAUCAAGGAAAUCGAAUCGCACUUCGGCUCCGGCGUAGCCUCCUACUUUACAUUCCUGCGAUGGCUUAUGUGGGUCAAUAUCAUGAUUGCCAUUCCGCUGGUCGCCUUCGUCAUUGGGCCCGAGUACUUUGCCACAAAGCACGGCGAAACGGAUCCCAGGAAAAGGAUGUCCGACCCGGAGGCUCGGGUGGCCGGCAAUCUUUUCACGUUCUGGGAGUUCGAGGGAUACCUGAAAUAUUCACCUAUGUUUUAUGGAUACUAUUCAAGCACAUCCGGCAUUAGCACGUCCGGAUAUAAGCUUCCCUUAGCCUAUUUCCUUACCGCCGUUCUGGUCUACAUCUACAGCUUUGUGGCCACGUUGAGGAAAAUGGCGGAAAACUCGCGCAACUCGAAACUUUCCUCGAAGGACGACGAGUGUGUCUUCUCGUGGAAACUCUUUACCGGCUGGGACUUUAUGAUUGGACACGCGGAAACGGCGCACAAUCGCAUCGCAUCCGUGGUCGUGGGCUUCAAGGAGGCACUGCUGGAGGAGGCGGAGAAAAAGAAGGAUAAUCGCAACUGGCGGGUCAUACUCCAGAGGAUACUGGUCAAUAUCCUGGUGAUGGGACUGCUGGGCUUGUCGGGCGCUACGGUGGUGUUGCUGGUUAAUCACUCUGAGGAUUUGGCCAAGCAUGACAACUGGCUGAGUCGCAAUGCGGUGAACGUGACCAUGACCCUGCUCUCCUUCUUCCUGCCCAUGAUAUUCGAGGCACUGGGUCUGUUCGAGAACUGGCAUCCCAGGCAGCAGCUGCGUUUGCAAUUGGCUCGCAUUAUGAUCCUGAACAUGUUGAACUUGUACUCGCUGAUGUUCUCCUUCAUCUACAAGAUCAACAGCAAGGAGAAGCCGCUGCAGAUGCUGAAAUUGGAGAACGAAACAAACACCAUGGAGCUGAAGAAUCUACUUAGUUCGAUUGAGGCUCUAAGGGCCAUGACCCCCACGACUUCGCUGUAUGGUGAAAGUACGUCGGAUGGGCUGUUCGAUGACUCCACCUCAACGGCAACUUGGGGUGAGGAUGCUGGUGGCCUCUUUUCGACCACAGCGGCUGCCGCCCUAAUCUCUUCAACCGUGCAGCGUCUCAAGUGCUAUAACAUGACUGUAAAAUGCUCAAAGCUGCGGCGCAACAUCAUCAGUGGCAAGCACUUGGCCACAACUCUAAUGGUUCUCAACCUGACAACACCAGCCAUGGUGCCACCAACUUUGCCAACCUCAUUGCCCACCACAUUGCCCACCACAUUACCCACCACAUUACCCACUACAUUACCUACAACAUUGCCUACUACAUUGCCCUCCACAUUAGCCACCACAACGCCGACAACUUCAAGUAUUUGGACUUCCACAGAGGCAACGUCGCCGACAACUACAACGACAUCACCUUGGACAACUUUACCGCCCUCGACAACAACCACUGAGGCAACCACAACAACAGAAAGAGCCACCACAACCACAGAAGAAGCACCAACCACAACCACACUGAAGAUCACCACUCCCGAAAUAAAUAGUACAACACCAGAUACUACAAAACCCCCGGAAAAACCUAUUAAUACUGAAAUACCCAACUCAACAACGAAUUCUGCAACUUUGAGCACAAUACCAGCCACUUCUAAUACCACUAAUUUACCACUGAGCAGCACCACCAAGCUAACUACAACCACGGAGAAACCCCAGGGAGAGGAUAACUUCAUCUACACCACCGGAGACGAUGAAGGCUCCUACGACUAUGGCAGCGAUUCCACAUCAGACGCUCCGGAUUAUAAUAGCUAUUCCGAAAUAACGGAUUACUCCUCAGAACCGUCGGAAAUUGAAGAUUUCGACGAACAGGAAAGCACGGAUCAGGCAGACGAUCCAUUGGCCAAAGUGUUGGAGCAGCUCGAUGAAAAUGAGACGAAAGGACGCAGGAAAAGAGCAUUGGCCGAAUCACCAUUCUUUACCAGCAAGUACAGCAGGCGACAUCGCAAUGAAUCCGCUGUCUCAGCUGGACAACCACGAGAAACCACUGAAUCGGUGAAUGCCACACCCAGUCGGUGGCCAUUUAAUUGGGCAUCCAACAGGCAAACCACACCGAGAACCACCACAACAAGAAGAGUUCACAGUAGAAUUCUAACCAAGGAGGAGUGGGAAACCCUCAGACGACUUAGGAGCAGGAUUACUACAACCACAAGUACGUCAACCACCAGCACGACCACGACAACCACAAGAAGACCCAGGUGGAGAUAUCGAACAACGACUACUGAACUUACGAGCACCACCGAUGAGGAAUCCUCCACAACGGAGAGUUCCACUGAGUCAUCGAGUCCGGAGAGCACCACCAACGCCUUCGAUAGCAGUAGUAGCACCACCGAAGAAUAUGAAUACACCACCACGGAGGGAUCGGAAAAUAGGCCCUACUAUGUGGGCUAUGUGGACAUAUCGGAAAUGGGGAGUACCAUCUACUACGAUGGAGACAGCGAAUUCCUGGAGGAGUGUGUGAUUACCAUUUGCCCCAAGGGUGAUGACUUCUUUGGCAGCACCACCGAAAGUCCGGAUAGCACCACCCAGAGCAGCGACUCCAAGCAGCUAACCACCGUGAAGCUCACUCCGCUGGAGCGGAAGCAGAAGCGUCUGAAGGAAGUGCAGCUGGCGAUUAAGCAAAUACAAACCAAUCUGACGACCAUGUGCUGGGAGACCUCCUUGGGCCAGGAGCUCUCCAAAGUCAUCGUUUUCGAUGGGCUGAUGUCCAUUGUGGCGCCGCUGUGCAUCGACUUUCUGCGCGCCCUCUUCGUCCGGUAUGUCAAUCAAAACUGGUGCUGGGACAUGGAGAAGACCUUUCCCCAGUACGGUGACUUCAAGAUAGCCGAGAACAUCCUGACGUUGAUUAAUAACCAGGGCCAAGUGUGGAUGGGCAUAUUCUUCUCGCCGGGCCUGGUGCUCAUCAACCUGGUCAAAUUGAUGAUCAUGAUGUACUUCCGUUCGUGGAUAGUGCUCACCUGCAAUGUGCCGCACGAGGUGGUGUUCAAGGCCUCCAAGUCGAACAACUUCUACCUAUCGCUGCUGUUGACCAUGCUGUUCCUUUGUGUCCUGCCCGUUGGCUAUGCGAUUGUGUGGCUGCGCCCUUCCUGGCAUUGUGGACCCUUCUCGGAGUACAACAGGAUAGCUGAGUUCAUUACGAACACCACCAGGAAUGCUCUGCCAAAACAACUCCACGAACCCCUGGACUAUCUAACCUCCUCGAGCACUGUGAUUCCAUUGCUUCUGCUUCUUAUCCUCAUUAUAUACUACCUGGUUUCGCUAACUGGCGCCCUCCGCGAAGCCAACCAGGAUUUGCGCACCCAACUCCAGAAGGAACGCGAGGAGGAGCGCAAGAAGAUCUUUAAGGUGCCGGAGGUCAAGCAGGCGGAACCAACGGCCACCACGCUGACAAAUCGCUGGCGCAAAGUCCUCGAGGCCAGCUCUCCGGUAACACCCACCCAACCACCCGAUUUCGAUACGGAGGAGUACAAAAAUCAAGCCCGGAAAGAACUAAUCUCACGCAUCAUGAAGAAGGCGUUGCGCAAGGGAUCCGCCACGUCGGAUGAGGAUUCGUUUGUGCGGCGCGACGACGAUGACACGGACAGCGAGCACCAGGAUUCCCUGCCCCACGACGAGGAGGCCAAGGACAAGCGGUUCGGCCUGUCGCGAUUGCAGCAAAUCCGGCGUACCCGCAAACCAUCGCUGGUGGACAUCGUGCAGAUUGCCAAGCAGGAGCGGGCACGGGCGGGCUCCAUUGUGGCCGGAACAAGCUCCUCUGGAACUGCCAAUUUUCCCAUAAAGGAGACCCAUCCAAAGAGCCGCUUCAAAGUGGAGAAACAUGAGCGCAAGGAUAAGGGCAGCAUGAAGGAUAAAAAGGACACCAGGCACAGACAGCCGCCACAGCAGCAGCAGCCGCCGCCCUAUGAAUCGCCCAAGGACAAUGAACAUGAUCCGGAUACAAAUUCAAGGAUUGUCAGCGAGCGCCGCGCCAGUUUGCUGAGACGCCACAAGGAGCAGGCGGAGGGAGACGAACCACCCACUACCCCCGAAGCACCACAGACACCCAUCUCGCCAGCAGAGCCCGUGGAACAGGCGCCCGAGGAAUCCACACCCGAAACUCCCACGCUGGCCAAAAGCAAAUUCCACAUAGUUGAUGAAAAAAAACCCCCGCCGCAGGAGGUGGAAGAUAAACCCUUGCCGACACCCAAGGAGAGUGGCAGUGGCGGUGGAAGUUUGGGCAAGUUCAAGUUCCGUAAGCACAAAUUCAAGUCAAAUAAUGUGGCUGCCGCCAAGCCGGAGCCCGAGGUGUUCAAGUUCGACGAGCGGAGUGUGGAAAGGAGUUCGGAUGUGCCGGCAACUCCAGCCGCAGAGUACCUGAACAACGAGCCAUCUGGUACUGAGGAGCAGUAUAGGAGUCUGCCCUCACCCACGCCCAGCCAGGGUCUGGGUCACCACCAGCGGCAAUUGUCCGUGCUUUCCCGGCAGGGUCGCAAGAAGAUCGGCAACCUUUUGGCCCUGGUUCGUGAGGCCGUCAAUCUCAAAAAGGACGAUGUGGAGCAGCCGGGCUCGGAUGAGUCGCCGGGUCCCACAACGCCCACCUACUUGGCGUACACACCGCCACCACCACCAUCAGUAUUGUCCAGCGUGUCCAGUUCGACUGCCUUGGAAAUGCCACCUACUCCGGAACCUGAAUCUCCCACGCCCAGUGCACCACUACACUUUGGCAGCAGCACAUCCUCUCGUCCGCCUACCAAGCCACCCAAGCCUCCAGCUGUGCCCACAUCGGCCACUGCUCCAACGGCCACCAUGGAUGACCUGGAGGAACUGGACACAGCCGGUCCUAUUACAUUUCCCAAACGCAGCGAUUCCCAUCGCCGUCGCACGAUGAGGCAGGAUUCACAGAGCUCCAUUUGGUCGGAUAAUAUACCCACAAUUACUAUAAGCACCACCGGCAGCGAUGAGUGCAUUGUGCACGCAGCUGCUCCACAAAAUGGACUUCCCGAGCAGCGAAGUGCUUCCCCGGAGCCCACGGUCAACAUUAUAAAGAUUGACAUUGAGAACGAGCAGGAGAAAUGAUGUACCUAGCGAAGAAGUGCCUUGAACACCAGAUUGUCUUCUUGAAUAAGCAUAUUAGCAUUCUUCCUACUUCCCUUAAUAUUUAGCUUGAAUCUUGUUCUUCAGAAUAUAAAAAGAAAAAUAAUAAAUAACAAUAAACCACUCU